AUGGGAAGUUCAGAUAGCGCCCAGAUUGCCGAUUUGAUCGGAAUCUAUAUACUCUAUGAAUUAUCCGACCAAUCCCCGGGCAUCGGAGGCGGCCUAUAUCGUGACGAUUGUCUGUUUUACCUACAGAACACCCCGAAUAGAAUGAUACAGAAAACUAAAAAUAGAUUAGCUAGAUUCUUUAAUAGGAUGGGCAUGAGCAUAGUUUUUGAUAACGAACUUACCAAGGCAAAUUUCUUAGAUGUCACACUAAACCUGCAUAGCGAUUCUUACCGCCCCUACCACAAACCUUCCGCUAACUUAAAGUAUGUCAGUGUUUUCUCUAACCACGCAAAAACUAUAACAGACAAUUUAGUUAAAAAUAUUUCUCAAAGAUUAACAAAUUUAUCUGCCAACGUCGACAUUUUUAGGCAGAAAGCGGAAUUUUAUAAUGCCGCCCUGUCAAAAGCCGGUUAUAGGGAGAAGGUAGCAUAUAUAGACCCGGCCCUUCCGAAACCAGCAUUCUAUCAUCAGGAUAAGUCAAGUUAUAAUAACAUAAAUAAUAUAAGUAUUGAUGGUAGCCUGAGGAAUGUCGAUACAAGUACAACUAGCAUAAAUAUAGAUAACAUAAAUAAUUUGUGGUCCAGGGGAGGCCUUCGUAGGCCAAAACCCAUUAUUCAACCCAGAGAUACCCACCUUAAUGUUAGAGUUGACUCUUCGAGCCAGUACAAGAACAGGAAAAACUAUAUUUGGUUUGUAAUUCCCUUUGGUAAACAAAUAAGAUCUAACCUACCGUUGCAGUUUCGCCAAGCAAUUGCCAGAAAUUUUCCCAGAAAUUCGAGAUAUUACUCCACUGUAAAUUCACACAAAGUUAGGAUAGCCUUCUCCAAUACUAAAAAUCUUUCACAGAUAAUUUCCUCCCAUAACAAUAAGCUGCUAAAUAAGACCCUCUCACCCAUGAGCGGAGACUCUGCUCCGUCUAAUUCCAACAUAACACGCAGUAAUAAUAAUAAUAAUAAUAAUAGAACUGGCACAGAUAUUAGCAACCUCCAUACCAACAUUGAAGUUAGUAAUAGUAAUAAGGAUAAGAGCAAUGAUCUCGUCAUUAAUGUAGGGGGAGUAAGUAAUGGUAAUAAGGAUAAGAGCACUGAUCUAGUCAUUAAUGUAGGGAGUCCCAACAAUAAUAUUAGCAGCGGUUUUAACAACAGUAGUAUUACGGACAUUAUCAAUCACAGCAUUCACAGUAACAGGGAAUAUGCAGGUGAUAUUGCCUUAAAUAGUAAUGAUAAUGGGGUGAAUAAUAUCGAAUCCAGCGGUAGUCUUUACAAUCAUCAUAGUAAUGAGAACGCUGUAUUAAUAUCGGAAACCAAUCCCAAUAGAUUAAGGUUCUUAUCUAGUAACUCCAACAUUAGAAACGCCAUUUACCAGUGCAGAGUUUAUACUGAUUCAGAUGUCUACAUUUAUAUCGGAGCUUCAUCAUCGAAAUUGGCUGUUAGAAUAUCGAAUCAUUUUUCCACGUUCCGUGAUAAGGAAAAGCAACACGCUACGGGGCUAAGCAAAUUAGUCUGGCAGGGCACCUUGUUAACUCGAUUGUGCAAAAUUCUUUCAGAUGCCCCCACUGGAAAAGGCAUACAUUUCUCUCAUACCAAUGAAGUCUAA